AACUUUCCGUCAAAAGUCCCAAACAAACAAUGCAGUGAUGAAUUUCAACACAUUCGUGAAACUACGCAAAAUAUAAGUGCUAUGGGCCCCACUCUCCGUAUCAGCAUUUCUCCUUUCAUUUGCUGAAAUCCCAAAUUUCAUUUCCCCAACUUUGCUGCUGAUAUCAGACCAUCUCAUCGUCCCAAUUGCAGAAGCUCUGCAAAUGCUACCCAUAAACCCUACCUCUCUCUUCUCCCCUUCAAAUCCCUCUCCUCUUUCCCCUCUACCCUUUACCGCCACCACCUCUCACCGCUGCUUUGCAGCCGGCGACUUUCGACUAGGACCCACAUUCCCCAGGUGGUUCCACUUCACAUCCGCUGCUGUCGACGCUGGCAGCAUUCGAAUUGGCCAGGAAUCUGACGGAACAGCUUCUGUGCCUGCAGACGGUUCCUCCACCUCCCCUCAGAGGCGGGAAGUUGGAGGUGGUGGCAGCAGCGGUAGCAUUAGGGUGAAUGCAAGAGAGAAAAAGUGGUCGAGAAAUAGAGAGAGUUAUUUGGCUGAUAAUGAAGACGCUCUUCCUCUUCCUAUGACUUAUCCUGAUUCUAAACCCGUCCCUCCUGAGGAGAUUGAUAAACGGCUUCGAUGUGAUCCCGAAGUUCAGGACUGUAGGGAAGUGGUUUAUGAGUGGACUGGAAAGUGCCGAAGUUGCCAAGGCUCGGGAUAUGUCAGCUAUUAUAAUAAAAGAGGGAAAGAGACUAUUUGCAAGUGUAUACCUUGCCUUGGGAUUGGAUAUGUGCAGAAAAUAACAGCUCGCAAGGACAUUGAUGUAAUGGAGGACUUGGAUAAUGGAAGGCCACCCUGAGCCUAGAGAGUUUUUACAUUUCAGGGAGUAUACGCAGAUUAUAAUUUUGAUGAUUUGUAGUUUUUACAUUUUUCAUGUAAAUUGACCGUUUACAUUUAUAGAGAAUAAAAGUGAACAUCCUCAAAAAGCAGAAUUCAGAAAAGUGACGCAAAGAAUUUAUUCUUUUCUUCUUUUCCUCUUAUCUUCUGCAACCACAGUUUUGCUCUUCCUUGCCUUUAUGCGCAUCCUCAGAAUCUUUUGUUCAACUGCUGGCAAGUUGCUUAAGGAAUAAUAGAUAACUUAUGCUUUGUUAGACUUUAAAUAUAGAGUAAACUUUCAUUUUUCUAGGCAGGAUAUCAAGUUUGAAGUCAUCUAUCAGCUGAUCUAUUGUUGAAAGUUUAGUAACGUUCUGUUUCUUUAAGCUUCUCACUGUUCAAAGAAAACAAAGACUCCAUACAGCAAUGCAGAAUAUUAGUUUUCUAGAGUUCCAGUACAAGCUUUCAAGAAGCAAGCUUCUGCGAAGGCCAUCCCGAUUGUUCUCUUCCCGGGACAGGCAAAGCUCUAGCACCAGCAGGACCAGCACACCACCCACUUUGCAGCCAAAUUUGAGCGAGAUGAGGCAGGUUUUCAAUAAAUUUGAUUCAAACAAAGACGGCAAAAUUUCUCAGCAGGAGUACAAGGCCACACUAAGAGCUCUGGGACAGGAAAACAUGAUAGGAGAAGUGCCAAAGAUUUUCCAGGUGGUUGAUAUGGAUGGAGAUGGAUUUAUAGAUUUCACAGAGUUUGUUGAAGCUCAAAAGAAGGGAGGAGGCAUUAAGACGACAGACAUUCAAGGUGCUUUUCAAGCAUUUGACGUUAACGGAGACGGGAAGAUAACUGCUGAGGAACUUAUGGAAGUCUUAAGGUGUCUCGGUGAGAGUUGCAGCCUAGAGGAUUGCCGGAGAAUGGUGAGGGCAGUUGAUGCUGAUGGUGAUGGUAUGGUUAACAUGGAUGAGUUCGAAACCAUGAUGACAAAGACUUUUAUUAAUCGAGAAUGAGAGGGCCUAUUCUUUUACGAAGGCUUCGUUUACUUGUAAUCCUUUUCUGUGACAAAUGCAACUGGAUAACUUCUUAUUCAGAAUUCUUCAUGUGAUGCAUAUGUUUAUAAACCAUAAUAAAGUGUUUCCUUUUAUUAUA